UAAAACAAAAUGGCAGCGCCCGAGCCAAAACGACGAAAGCAUUCUCACAAUGAAGAUUCGGAGGAAUUUCCGGUGAAAUUUCCAGAUGUCAUCAUUUUCAUCGUCAAUGCAAGAAUCCAGAAAGUGCGACUGAAGAAACUGCGACACCUUGGACGAUCCAAGGGAUUCGUAAUCUCAUCUGAGCUGAAUGAAUCUGUGACCCAUGUUGUGACGGAACUCAACUCCCGAGACCAUGUCAUCAGCGUCCUCCAGAGGAUCUGCAAGUCUCAGCGGAAUACCGAACUCAACGCCUUUGAGUUUGCUCAGAAGGCAGAGCUGCUUUCCCUGAAAUGGUAUACCUCAUGCAUGGAAGAGGACAAGCCGGUAGAAAUCACAGAUGAACAUAGAGUAUCUUCAAGAAAACCGCUUGAUCCUGAUGCAUUAGAAGAAGAUGGAGAAGACAAACCCAAGAAUCGCAGAUUUGCUUGCCAGAGGAUUACGCCUCUCAACCAUCCAAAUCAGAAGUUCACAGAAGCGUUAGAGUUCCUGGAGAAAGCAGCAGAAUUGAGGAUGGGAGAUAACAGCCGGUCAAGAGCGCUGGCAUUCCGUAAGGCGUCUGCUGCCCUCAAAGCUCUUCCUGAAGAGAUCAAGAAGCCAGAGGAUGUGGAAAACUUGUAUGAUAUCAGGGGUGGAGCUCAUUGCAAAGGGGUGAUCCUGGACAUCCUUGAAAAUGGGUACAGCGCAGAAGUAGAAGGGAUUAAGCGCAGUGACUGGUACCAGAACAUGUCUCUUUUCACAGGUAUAUAUGGGUGUGGUAUAUCUACUUCAGCUAAAUGGUGUCAGAUGGGGCUUAGGAGUCUCGAUGAUGUGAAGGGCAGCUAUAUUCUGAACCUGACUAGGUCACAACUUAAAGGUAUUGAGUACUACAAUGAUCUGAACACGCCUGUCACUAAAGAGGAAGCCAAGUGGAUCCAUGAUGCAGUCUCUCAAGAAGUUGCUGCCAUACAACCAGGGAGUACAGUUGUCAUGACAGGAGGAUUCCUCAGGGGAAAGGACAUGGGUCAUGAUGUUGACUUCUUGAUAUCCCAUCCUGAGGAAGGUAAAGAGAAAGGCAUCCUUGGAACUCUUCUCCAAGCCCUCACUAAGAAAGGUCUCCUGGAUUACACGGACAUCCAGAACAGCACGGUCACCAAGACCACCGUCCAGACAGGAAUGGACGCAUCAAGGAACACCAUGGAUCACUAUGAGCGUUGCUUCAGCAUCUUCCGUCUCCCGAAGACUGCGCAGAGUCACCGCAGCGAUGAGUCCUCAGAAAGAACUGUUGCAGAGGACUCUGCUGCAAUGGAUGUAGUUCCUCCUGCAUCAGAGUCAUCUCCAAGCAUGGAUGUGACUCCUGCAAAUGGAACAGCCAUUCCAGGUUUAUCCCUCCUUGAGAAAACGAAUGGAAGUACCACGUCUCCUAGUGAAAUUGUGCAAAAGACUGAAGAUUCUGGUCGUUCUUGGGUGGCCAGAAGAGUGGACUUUGUCAUAGCUCCUGCCGGACAGUAUGCCUUUGCACUUCUGGGAUGGACAGGAUCAAAGAUGUUUAAUCGCUCGAUGAGGGACUAUACCAACAAAGUGAUGAACAUGAACCUGUCAAGUCAUGGGCUCUUUGAUAAGACAAAUAACUGCUCAUUGCAAGCCAAGACGGAGGAGGAGAUCUUUGAGUUGCUCAAACUGGAUUACAAACCGCCAGAAGAGAGAAAUUGCUGAGGAUGUGGUGAUUCAACAU